AUGCCCUAUUACGCCAUUGCUAACGGCAGAAAAACCGGGGUUGUACAAACUUGGAAAGAAUGUGAGUCCCAAGUUGCAGGUUACAAAAAUGCAAGGUACAAAAAGUUCAAAACUGAGGCAGAAGCAGCAGCAUUCGUUCUGGAUUAUGGGUCUUCAGCCAAGCAGCCAGCUUCUGUAGACUACAGUCACCGUCAAAAACCAGCUGUUAAUAACAAUUCUCGAAUCACAAAGCCCAAGACUACUCCUCGUCAUGUUGAUCCAACAACCAACUCAUCCAACGUCCAACAUAUCUACGUGGAUGGAGCUGCUCGAGGAAACGGAAAGGUACGGAGCCCCAAAUCAGGAUACGGUGUAUUUUAUGGAGAAGGAGAUGAGCGAAAUGCGGCUGUACCAUUAUCUAAAGUUGACUCUGAUCGAACCGGAACUAACCAAAGAGCAGAGUUGCACGCAUUAAACCACGCUCUUGACGAUAUAUCCAAAGAAUUGAACCAAGGAAAUACACCGAAGGAGUACAUCAUCCAUUCAGACUCGCAGUACACCAUUAAGGCAGUUGGUGAAUGGGCUAAGAAAUGGAAAACCAAUGGCUGGCGUACGGCUUCUGGGACUCCCGUGAGUAAUAAAGACCUUAUCGAAAAGGCAGUUGAUAAGGUUGCUACUAUCAACAAGGCAUAUGUGGCCAGAAAAAUGGCCCCAAUAAUAAUAGCCUAUGUCCCUGGACAUGCUGGCAACUACGGAAACGAAAUGGCAGACCAGUUAGCUAACAAAGGAGCUGACUUGGACUGA